AUGCCUCGCAUGCCUCUCUCCAAAGGCCCGCCUUUACCACUCCACAACCCUUGUGAGGCCGAACAAGUUCUGCAAAGGCGUCCAUCUUGCAUCCAGUUGGAGUUAGCCCGAGAUCCAGCGUUAAGUGCAUGCAAGGCAUCCAUGUUAAACUUUUUAACCCCUGCUCGAAUGGCUGAAUGGCAAGGAAGAGAAGAGGUCACAACGUCGUGCCCUCAGCAAUCCAAUCAUCAAGCUUGCUUUUCCAACACCCAUCUCACAAGGGCCGAUGUCGCCGGCACGCACCUCAUGGCUCAUGGAGCACUCGGUCAGGUCCCUGGACUCCCUGGAGACCCUGUGCGCCGGCGCGGUCGAGAACGAAGCGCAUUUACCAAUAACAUGUGA